GCUAUUUAAAGGUCCAACAUAAUCUUGGUUCAUGCUCACUCCAAGAACCUCAGUCCCAGUUCUAUUUCUAUAGCCGUUAACACUUUCCAUUUUUCAUCAACUAUAAUUUCAAACCCAUGUUUCCCAAUUAACCAUGUAACAUCCAAAGUACAACCUUCUUUAAAUCACCACUAAACCAUUGCCAUCUAAAAUUAAACUCUCUUCAUAGCUUCAACCAAAUGGGUUGUUGUAUCAGCAGUACCCCAAAAGAUGACCAAAAUACCCUCAAAAACCAAGAAAAUGCCAUGCAAGAAGCAAAGUGCAGAGUUCCACAACCACAGCCACAAUCAAAAUCACCCCCAGUUACUGUUGAAGAAGAGUCUGUGAAAGAAGUUCUAUCUGAAACUGAAACACCCAUUUCAAAACCCCAAAAAGUUUCAAUUUUGACACAAGAAACAAAGCCCCAAAUGCACAAUAUGGAGAUUACAAAAGAACCCAUCAUGAACAAAGCAUUUGAGGAACCCUCUGAUGUUUCUCUCCUUUCAGAAACAUGCAGUGUAGGUGAGAGUUUCUCCACCACUACCACCGUGCCGGAAUCGAGAGAAGAGGAAGUUACAAGCAAGCGAAGAAUCAGAGAGGGAACUCGGAACCGGAAUAGAACUCGAAAUCACUCCGAUGUAUCAAGGAAGCAUUCUUACACAGUUGAGGGGAACAGAAUCGGAGGGAGAGAGCGACGCCGGAUCAAAUCACCGGCGAAGGUUCCCGAGAUUCCACCGGAGAAGAAGGUUGUAGUGAGUGCAGGAUCGGUUCGUCGGAGGGAAUUUCCCGAAAAAGUCCGCCGUGAUCCCGGCGGAAGUGAAAGUGUCCGCCGGAGAUCGAGAUCGCCGUCGUGUUACAGGACGGUUGGCAGCGGUCAUUGUCGGAGUGAGCUCAGGCAGGCAGAUAGCGCCGGACGGAAGUUACCGCCGCCGGGUAAGCGUGAGAGUGAGGAGGUCAUUGGGGAGACACACGACGGCGUUUUAAUGGAGGAGUCAAUUAUGAAUCCGCAUGUUUCUUUGGAGUGCUUUAUUUUUCUGUAGAUUUCGGAAGCACGUUUAAGCGAUUUUCAAGGGUUUGUUUUGUAGAAGCGAUUUUCACAUUAACAUUUUUUGUUUGUUUUGUGUUGCAAGUUAUGUUUGGAUUUACAAUGAGGUUUGUCAAAUCAAACAUGGACAAAAUUGAGUUUGUUUGAGUGUUUGUUUGUGUAGUGAUUUGAGUCUUUUUCUCACGAAAUUGCAUGUGUAUAUUACUAAUAAUGUACAAGGUGGAAAAUGUUAAUUUUUUUUUUUUGAAUUUAAGUAUUGUACUAUUGUCUAGGUUUAAGUGUGUGUUUGUUUCAAAGAUUGUGAUGUUGUUAUCAUAAAUGUGAGAUUAAGAUGGCAACAUUUCUACGUUU